GUGUGAGUAGAGAGACGGAGAGGAACACAGAGAGAGAGAGAGAGAGAGAGAGAGACAGAGAGAGAGAAUCGGCAGUGUGUGUGAGAGGUUGAAGGAUCACUUCUCUCCCGUCUUGUUUUGGGGACACUUACCUAGUUCAUCUGAGCGUUGUGGGACUGUUUUAUGUUGUUGUUGACAAGAGCGACGGACCUUUACUCCAGCAUGCUCACUGAGCCUGAGCUACCUCAGGAGUGUAACAGGAUGUCUUCCAAGCGACCAGCCUCUCCAUAUGGGGGGACAGAUGGAGAGGUAACCAUGGCAACCAGCAGACAGCGAAUGGAUGAUGGGGAUAGCGAAGGACUCGGCGGUGUCAUCCACCUCCCCCUGGUCUCCUACUGCGGCAAGGUGUCCCCUCGCUCGCCCACCAACCGCAACUUGGACAGCCCCCCCAACAUGGAGCAUGACCCCACCAAGAGGAGCUCCCUGAGCCCUUACCCCCAGCACAAUGCUACCUCACCGGGCAAAGAGGACGGCGGAGGGCGGCCCUGCAGCGACGGCGGCUCCGUCGCCCUGGGGACACCAGAGAGGCGCAAGGGCAGCCUGGCCGACGUGGUGGACACGCUGAAGCAGCGCAAGAUGGAGGAGCUGAUCAAGAACGAGCCGGAAGAGGCCCCCAGCAUUGAGAGGCUGUUGUCAAAGGACUGGAAGGAUAAACUUUUGGCCAUGGGCUCAGGGCACAUCGGAGAAAUUAAAGGUACCGCGGACAGCCUGGCGGAGAAGGAGCGCCAACUCAUGGGCAUGAUCGGCCAGUUGAGCAGCCUGAGGGAGCAGCUCCUGGCGGCCCACGAGGAGCAGAAGAAGCUGGCCGCCUCGCAGAUGGAGAAGCAGAGGCAGCAGAUGGAGCUGGCCAAGCAGCAGCAGGACCAGAUUGCCCGGCAACAGCAGCAGCUUCUGCAGCAACAACACAAAAUCAACCUCCUGCAGCAACAAAUCCAGCAGGUCCAGGGCCAACUCCCUCCGCUGAUGAUUCCCGUCUUCCCUCCGGACCAGCGGACUCUGGCGGCGGCGGCGGCCCAGCAGGGCUUCCUCAUGCCCCCUGGCUUCAGCUACAAGCCCGGCUGCAGCGACCCCUACCCUCUCCAGCUCAUACCCACAACAAUGGCCGCCGCUGCCGCCGCUGCUGCCACGCCAGGCCUGGGACCCCUCCAGCUCCAGCAGUUGUAUGCAGCUCAGCUGGCGGCCAUGCAGGUCUCCCCGGGGGCCAAGCAGCACGGAGGCGGCCUGCCACAGCAAGGCAACCUGGGCACACACUCCCCGCCCACCAACACACACUCCCAGAGCGAGAAGGGCCGCAGCUCCCCGCUACCAAACAAGACCAAGGACAGUGAGGGUGCACAGCCACUGAACCUGUCGGCCAAGCCUAAGGCAUCCGAGAGCAAGUCACCCAACUCCCCCCCAACUUCCCCACAGGUCGCUGCUGCUGCCGCUGCUGCCAAGCUGGGCCCCGCCGGCUCCGGGAAGCACAGCGUCACCCCCUCCAGUAUCGGAGGUCCACCGAACAGAGUCAGCUCGAUAGCAGACUUGUUGUCCACGCUGUCCACGACCGCCUAUCUGAACGACCACGAGGCUGUGAGCAAGGCCUUCGCAGAGGCCAGGCAGAUGAAGGAGCAGCUGAAGAGAGAGCAGCAGGUCCUGGACGCCAAGGUCGCCGCCGUCAGCAACCUGAGCCUAAACAAUGGACGCUCGGACAAGGACAAGGCAGCCUUGGAGAGUCUGAGUCAACAGCUGAAGCAACAGGCAGAGGACAAGUUCAGCCACGCCAUGCUGGACUUCACCAUGAGCGGAGACUCUGACGGCUCCCCCAGCGUGUCAGACUCCAGAAUAUUUCGGGAGGCUCGGGGUCGUGGCAGCGCAGAGCCGCACAUCAAGCGGCCGAUGAACGCCUUCAUGGUUUGGGCCAAGGACGAGAGGAGAAAGAUCCUGCAGGCCUUCCCCGACAUGCACAACUCCAACAUCAGCAAGAUCCUCGGCUCCCGCUGGAAAGCCAUGACCAACCUGGAGAAGCAGCCGUACUACGAGGAGCAGGCUCGCCUCAGCAAGCAGCACCUGGAGAAAUACCCUGACUACAAGUAUAAGCCGCGGCCCAAACGCACCUGCCUGGUGGACGGCAAGAAGCUGCGCAUCGGCGAGUACAAAGCCAUCAUGAGGUCCCGCAGGCAGGAAAUGAGACAAUACUUCAGUGUGGGGCAGCAGGGCCAGUUGCCCCUGUCCUCCGCAGGCGUGGUUUACCCAGGUACCCUCUCCAUGGCAGGAAUCCCCUCACCCCAAAUGCCGUCAGAGCACUCAAGCAUGUCCAGCAGCCCCGAGCCCAACGCCAACCACCACCAGAACCCCCACCUGGCUGGCCUGAAGGGGGACGAGCCCCGGAUCAAGGAGGAGGAGCUGCGGCUGGACGACAGCAACGGCGACGCGUACGACGACUUCGACUACGAGGACGAAGAAGCAGAUUACACCAGCGACAACGACAACCACAUCACCCAAUAGGGCGGCGUGACAGAAGCUUAAUUUAGAAAGCCCCCCCCCAACCCCCCCACCCACCAAUCAGGAAGAAAACUUUCUCUUUUUGCCAAUUACCUUUGCAUCCCGACCUCACAAACACACGCUACCGUCUCGCCCUCCUGACUAACGCGGACUCUUCUGACAGAGCCAAGACCCCCCCUCCAAGCCCCCCCUCCCACUGGAGUCCUGAUACCAGCAUUCUGAUCAUUCAACGGAAGCACAGGACCUGUCACUCACACUGACUGUUACACGAACUGGUGUCCGGGAGCACGAGACGACCAAGCCAAGCUUCUGACGCUCGCUGAGGAAUAUUCAAGUACUACUGCAGGUUGAGUGAGGAGACAUCGAAAUCACGCUCAAAAAGCAACCUUUUAGAACCGUUUGUGGAAAGAGGAGACAUUUUCAAAAACGACAGACGGAUCAGUGGACCUGUCAAAGGCUAACAGAUGACACUUUAAGAUGGCGGACCUGUUUAUUAACAAGAGACACUUUAAAAAAACGAAAAAAAAAAAAAACAGCUUUUUUGUUCUUCGGUUCUAUAAUAUUCUCACUCAGGUACACGGUGCCAAUAAGUGGCUUGUGAAUGUGAUUUGUUGUUUUUGUGCUACAAGUUUGAAUAAUAAUAGAAAAAAGAGACUUUUCUUUUUUCCCUCCUUUUGUUGUAAAGCAGACAGACAUCAGACGUGUUUAUUUUUAACAAAAACAUAUCUUUUCAAGCUCUCAGUGUGCCCCCGUGUUUUUUUGCGACUGCCCGCUUCCCGGGUUGGAACGGUCCAGCCAGGACUGACCAGCGCAGCGUGGACCGUCCCGCGUUGAGGGAGAGAGGGGGAGUCUCUGGCGUGCACUGUGCUGUGAGACAAUCCGCCAGUCACCUUCUCGCUUCGUCCCUUUUAUCCUAACCUCGUCUGGGGGCGAAACACCAGUACGACUCGGCAGUGUGUGUCGCCGUGUGCGUACAAUCUCAUUCCCAGUGCGAGGAAAAAGGCCCAAAACAUCCAGGACACGGAAAGACGGGCUUACACUGCUGCUGUUUUUAAUUGUACCACACACACACACACACACACACACACACACACCCACACACGUGUAUACACACCCUCAGUGUUUUCCUGCUCCCUUCAAUCAACAUCGUCUUGCUGCCCUGAGUGGGCGGAGCUGAGCUGAAGCAGCCAGUCAGUGUUUCUGUUUGUAUUAGAAUACUGUAUUUUAUUAUUUCUCUUCAAACUGCCUCUAGUCUAAUAAUAUUAUUAACAAUAAUUAUAAGGAUGGUCAGCGUUUCCUAAGUUUAGUAAGUUAUGUACAGUAUAAUUUAUUUUUCUCCUCUAUAUUGCGUUUUUAUGACCAUAUGAAACUAUGACAGUUGAUGAAACAUUAUUCUAUUUAGCUGUAGGUAUUUAGAUCUAAACACAAGUUGUCAUUUUACCUUGCUUUGUUUUGCAUUUGUUUGUUCCCUUUCCUUUUUUGAUGCGUUUGUUUUGUAUUAAUCCUUGUGGCGGUAAGGUGGGCGGGGUUAGAACUCAACGCCGGCACUCCUCUGUCUGAAGACGCGACCUCGUCACGUCCAAACCCAUUUCUAAAAAGCACUCAGACUCUGAGAAAAAGAAGAACAUGUUUUUUUUUUCUUUAAAUUGUUAUUAUUUUAUUUGUAACGGUUAUUAUAAUGUAUAAUGUGAAGUUUCCUCUGUUUUAUUUUGCCUUUAACUUUCUUUUUUUUUUUUUCCCUGGAAAUCAGUUUUAUCAUUUUUGGAAACUGUUUUCUGUGAACAAAGAGUCCCGUCCCUGUUUACUAGUUAUGGCCGCCUCACCGAGACACAGUGGAACAUCUUCGGCUUGGAUCCACACGUAUACAUGCACAAACACAAUCGCUAACACACACACAGGCAUACAUGUGUCAAAUGAAGAGAUUAUCACGACAACCAAACGAAUCCCAUGCUGUCCCUUUUCUGUUUUCAUAAAAUCUAAUAUUCUAGAUUUAAAAUCCUGUACAUAUGCUUUGUUUGGUGUUUUUUUUUUUUUUUUUAAUUAUAGGAAAGCGGUGUUUACUGUGAUCCACAAAGGUGUUCCUCUAUUUAUGUGUGUGUGUGAGACGGCCAAACGUAUAUACAGUAUCUUAAAAGUCACUUCUCAUCAGGAGCCCUUUGCUUUGUUUGAGCUCCACGCGACGCUGCAGGGGCCACGACUACUGUUCAGGUGUGCUGUCGCAUGGUGAUCUCCACAAUCAUUCUCGCUGUAGAUGUUCGCUACACGCCACAUAAUGAGCCGGUGGGUCUUAAUUUAGCUGUAUAGUCACCCCUGUUUAUCACGACAUGGUUCAACCCGAUGCUGGAGAGAGGGGGCUGUGUGUAUCAACCCAAUUUUAGGGUGUCAGGUGGGUCGGUGGGGGCAUUAAGACGUCUGACCCCAAAUCAAGACAAUGAAAAGGAUGAUGAUGAUAUUAUUUAAGACAAUCAAAGUCAUGAGUGGAGCUCAAAACAAAGUAAGAAUUAUUACAAGUAAAACAAAAAAUAUCUUACUAUCUCAACUUGAAAAAUCAAGAAAGAUAAUUAUGUAAAUAUAACAUAGAGUUAUAGAUUUAUAUUUUGUUCAUAACACAGUGUAAUAUAAGUUGUAUAUUUCUUUUUCUCUCCCUACUGUCUCUUUUAUUGAUGUUAUCCAUGCCACAGAAAAGCAGGAGUCGCAGUACUCACACAAAAAAAAUAAAGAAAAAUAUCAAAGAAAUAAGGAAAAACAGGAAAGGAGAAAAAAAAAGCCGUGGGCUGCCACCACCAUCUGUUCUAAGUUCACUUUUUUUCAGUAUUACUGCCAGACAAGGCUCUAAUAAAGACAGCAAUGUGUUGGGUAAAACU